UAAAUACUUUCUCGGAAAAAAAAAUCUCCGAAACGAUUCAAACCAAAUUCCUGAAAAUGGAAUACAAACAAAAACAGGAAAGUCAAAUCAACGAUUAGCACUUGCCGCCAUUGAUUCGUGAUGAGUUCGUGGACCAAGAGCUUUGGCAGGCUCGUCAAUGGCCUCUCUCUUGUAGCGAAGGAGAUCUGUAAUCAGUCACCGGAGUUACAGAGAGCGAGAAAUGGAGAUCUCGAAGGCUUAAUUACGUCUUCAGGUAAAAAAGCUUUGGUUGCCGCCACCGACUUAGUCGGACUCACCUCCGGGAAGCUUCGCGAGCUCUCGAUUCGUCGAUCUAAGGAACCUUCCGUCGUAUACUUCGACGAAGAAGAUAACAAUGAUGGCGUCGUUGUAACGUCUGAGAUUAGAUCUGAUAGUACCGAACCUAGCGUGAAAAUCGUUGAUUCGAGAGACCUGAGAAGCGAAUUUAGCGAUGAAGUUAAGAUUUCAAAUACAGAAAGCGAGAUUAAGAUUUCAGGCGACGAAAAUGGCGAGGUUAUUGGAGUUAGAGCUGCCGAAUCAGUUCCUGUUGCAUCAUCUCCGUCGGAGGUAGUUAAAGCUCCGGUGAAGAGACGGAUGCUUAGAGAACGGAAGGUUCCAUCAACACCUAUUGCAAGAGCUUAUGGGUUUUUUAAUUUAGGAGCCGCUCUUGCUUGGGGAGCUGUUAAAGAAUCUACGUAUAGGAUGGUUAAUGGGACACCACCUACACAAGAUAAUCAACCUGCGUUAUCGUCUAUAAUGUCUAAGGAAAAUGCAGAGAGAUUGGCUCUUGGAUUGUGUGAAAUGCGUGGAGCUGCUCUUAAAGUUGGCCAAAUGUUGAGUAUACAGGACGAGAGUCUUGUUCCUGCUCCGAUUUUGAACGCUCUGGAAUAUGUGCGCCAAGGUGCAGAUGUGAUGCCAAGGAGCCAGCUUAAUCCAGUUUUAGAUGCUGAACUAGGUCCUAAUUGGCAAUCCAAGUUGACUAGUUUUGAUUAUGAACCGAUAGCAGCUGCAAGUAUUGGCCAGGUUCACCGAGCUGUCACUAAAGAUGGAUUAGAAGUUGCAAUGAAAAUUCAGUACCCUGGCGUUGCCAACAGCAUUGAAAGUGAUAUCGAAAACGUCAGACGCUUGUUAAAUUAUACAAAUCUAAUUCCAAAGGGACUCUUUCUGGACAGAGCUAUAAAGGUUGCGAAAGAAGAAUUGGCGCAAGAGUGUGACUAUGAAAUCGAAGCAGUCAGUCAAAAGCGCUUUCGUGAUUUGCUUUCAGACACUCCAGGGUUUUAUGUUCCGCUUGUGGUAGAUGAGAUUUCAAGCAAAAAGAUUCUAACCACAGAACUUAUAUCUGGGAUCCCCAUUGAUAAAGUAGCUUUGUUAGAUCAGAAAACACGAGAUUAUGUUGGGAGGAAGAUGCUUGAGCUCACAUUGAAAGAGCUUUUUGUCUUCCGCUUCAUGCAGACGGAUCCGAACUGGGGUAACUUCUUAUACAAUGAAACCACAAACACAAUCAAUCUCAUCGAUUUUGGAGCAGCUCGUGAUUACCCCAAGAAAUUUGUCGAUGACUAUCUACGAAUGGUGAUGGCAUGUGCAGAAAAAGACAGUGCAGGAGUGAUUGAAAUGUCGAGGAGGCUCGGGUUCUUAACGGGAGAUGAAUCAGACGUAAUGCUAGACGCUCAUGUCCAAGCCGGUUUCAUCGUGGGUCUUCCUUUUGCAGAACCUGGUGGCUACGCUUUCCGAACCAACAACAUUGCUUCCAGCAUCUCCAAUUUAGGAGCAACCAUGUUGAAACAUAGACUUACACCACCACCAGAUGAAGCAUAUAGCCUUCACCGCAAACUAUCCGGCGCUUUCUUAGCUUGUAUCAAGCUUGGAGCCACCGUCCCUUGCCGUGAUCUCUUGUUCCAAGUUUACAACAAAUAUCAGUUCGAUGAUGAGCCACAAGAUCCAGUGGUCGCUACUAGAUCCGUUUCUUCUUAGCUCUCUCAUACACACAGACACAACAUUAUUUUUCUUCCCCUUGUUGGGAGUAAAAACGAUUCUUUCUUUGGUACGUAGUACGUACACCUUCGAGUUUAAUUUAGAGUAAUCUUUUCCUUCUUUUCAAUAAUGUAAAAUGUUGAAUAUUACAAUGCUGGAGAAGCCAAUCAUCAAACCUGAUAGUUAUAUAUGUAA